GAUAACAGCUUUUUGGAAAUCACUGCUUGGAGAAAACCCCUCUCAUUUUUGUAUCUUUCUUUCUCUAAUUUUCUUUCAUUCAACACUUGAAUGGAAAAAUCUGUGAUGCCUGAGGCUUCCGAGUCCCUGGCUAGCAAUGAGCAGAUCACCGAGGCAAGAGCACCUAGUUCUAAACUGUUCCAUUGCAGCUGGGUUCCUCUGGCCUACAGAGAAGAGCUCUACCACGUCCUAUGUCUGACUGGGCCUCUGCUCAUCUCCAGGAUCCUUAACUUUCUUCUGCCAUUUGUCAUCACAAUAUUCUGUGGUCACCUGGGAAAUGCUGAACUGGCUGGAUAUGCCCUGGCCUCUGCGACUAUUAAUGUGACCACAACAGCCACCGGAUGUGGCCUGGCUCUCGCCUGUGACACACUUGUCUCUCAGACAUUUGGCAGUAAGAACCUGAAGCGAGUCGGGGAGAUUCUCCAGAGAAGUAUAUUGAUCUUGUUACUCUUCUGCCUGCCAUGCUGGGCCAUACUCAUCAAUGCAGAGUCAAUACUCCUCGCUUUGAGGCAGGAACCAGAGGUGGCCAGGAUUGCACAGCUGUAUGUUAUGGCUUACCUCCCUGCAGUUCCUGCCAUGUUUCUGCACCAUCUUCAGGUGUCUUAUCUGCAAAACCAGGGCAUCAUCCUGCCUCAGAUGUACACUGCAGUUGCUGCCAACAUUUUUAAUGUAGCCACAAACUACGUCCUCCUUCACGUGAUGAACAUGGGAGUGACGGGCUCUGCUGCAGCCAACAGUAUCUCACAGAUCACCAUCUGCCUCCUGCUGUUUGCCUACAUUCGCUGGAAAAAGCUGCAUGUGAAGACAUGGGAUGGCUGGUCUACUGCAUCACUGCAGGAGUGGGGCUCCUACAUGAAACUGGCGAUUCCCAGCACGCUCAUGCUGUGUUUUGAGUGGUGGAUCUAUGAAAUUGGAGGUUUCCUUGCAGGCAUGCUGGGAGAGGUGGACCUUGCUGCCCAACAUGUGUUGCUAGAGAUGGGGGCCAUUACUUACAUGUUCCCAUUGGGUGUGCAUGCAGCUGCAUGUGUGCGUGUGGGCAAUGCGCUGGGGGCAGGAGACACAAACAGGGCCUUGAUCACCAGCAAAAUGACUCUUAUGAUAUCAGGAGUUUUGGCUGUUUUACAGGGAAUCGUGCUGGGCUCUACUAAGUCUGUGGUGGGUUACAUCUUCACCUCUGAUGAGAGCAUAGUGGAGAUUGUCUCCGAAAAUCUCACCCUCUACGUCUUCCUGCAGUUUUUUGAUGCCCUUGUGUGUGUAUGUUCAGGGAUUCUUCUGGGUGCUGGGAAGCAGAAGAUAGCAGCCUUGUCCAACUUGAUCUGUUAUUACUGCAUUGGGUUACCAGUAGGAAUAUCACUGAUGUUUCUGGCUGAGCUCAGGAUACUUGGUCUGUGGCUUGGCCUCUUGAUUUGUGUCAUCAUUCAGACCUGUUUUUUCACCACUCUCAUUUUCAAGCUCGAUUGGAAGAAAGUGACAGAGCAGGCCCAGAAGCGUGCAGGCAAAAAUGCAAAGGUGGUGUGUGUGCUACAGAAGACAUCAAUCGGACAGUCAGUCCUUGAUACUUUGGUUUCUGAAGGACAGGAGAACACAGAGCAAACACCUGAUGCUGGAGCUUCUGCAAGUAUUCCUGAACCUUGGGAUGAUAUCACUGGCAACAAAGCCCAGAUAACAAGUAAUGGCUCUGAUGUGGCCGGCUAUAUCCGAGUGAGAUCCCAAGAGCAGGGUAAAGCUGAAAGUGGAGAAGCUCAACCUAAAGCCUUGCUUUCUAUGGGCCAGCUUGUGCUAAGAAGGGGCCUCAUUCUUUUGGCUGGCAUCCUGAUCCUGAUUGCUGGAGUUGCUGUUCACAUAGCUUGUCCUCUUCCACAGCCAUUCAUUCCAUUUCAGAGCAACCAGACAAUGGAUUGGAGGAAUUUCUCCAUCCAUGAAACCUUCCUGAACUCUACAGCAAGCUAAUUCCAUCUUAAAGGAAUAGUUCAGCAAUAAAAUAAAAAUUCUGCCAUUAUUUACUCACCCUCGUGUCAUCCCAAUGUGAUAUGACUUCAUUUUUUCGGUGGAACACAAAAGGAAAAUAUUUGAAGUAUAUCCUGGCCACUCUCAAAAACACACCAUAAAUGUGGUCCAUAUGUCUCAUCCCAUGCUCUAUUUUCCAAGUUUUCUGAAGCCAGAUGCAUAUAUUUAUGCAAGGAACAGACUGAAAUGUGUCAUUAUUCUCUGAAAAUCUUAACAUCUGAAUGACUUGUUCACAAAUCAUACUGAUUUUGUUCUUAAAUUCAACUUGGUGCUAACUAAAUAUUCUGGUCACACUGGUUAACAGCUCUAUGGUGGGCAAAAUUACCAGUGAAUAAAGACUUAAAUUUAUAUCUGUUCCACACAAAAUCUGUCAUAAGCAAUACAAGUUUGGAAUGAAAUGAGGGUGAGAAAUUGACAGAAUAGUCAAUUUUGGGUGAACUAUUCCUUAUAUAUAUAUAUAUAUAUAUAUAUAUAUAUAUAUAUAUAUAUAUAUAUAUAUAUAUAUAUAUAUAUAUAUAUAUAUAACAAUGUUUUUAUAUCAAAGUUAAAAAUUAUAUAGGCUAUUAUAGAACAUAUUAAACAUACUAUUGAAAUGCUUCCACAACUGUAGUUUUGCCAAAUUAUAAUGACAGUCAUAACAUUUUCUUUUAUUUACUUUCCGUAUGAUACAUGCAGACAGUUUUGUGUAAACAUGUAUAUUGUUCUAUUGUACCUUUCUACUCUCAAAACAUGCUGGAUGGAUACAACUACAGUAUAUAUCAGAUUUGUAUUUCGUAACUGUCAUUUCUCAAUUGUAAUUCAUUCACUAAAUACAUUAUUAUGCAUUUUUUUCUCUCCUUAAUAUGAACAUAAAGUGCACGGUAGAGUUCACUUUGGCAAAUCAGUUAUUUACUAUGUAAAUCAUUCACUAAGUCCAUUUAAAAUGUAUGGAGGCCGGUUUCCGCCACAGUUGAAUAAAAAAUGUGAUUCCUUUAGUCAGAAUAAUGAGAUAUCAAGUCAUUAUUAUGAGACAGUAUCUCAAAUAAAUUAAAAACUUUCACAUAAUAUUGACUAAGUAUCUCAUAAUUAUGAGAAACGUUCUCAUAAUAAUGACUUAAUAUCUCAUAAUAAUGACUUACUAUCUCAUAAUAAUGAGAAACUUUCUAAUAAUAAUGACUUAGUAUCUCAAAAUAAUGAUAUAAUAUCUCAUAAUUAUGACUUAUUAUCUCAUAAUAAUGAGAAAAUAUCUCAUAAUGACUUGAAUUCCUCCUCUCUCUCUCUCUCUCUCUCUCUCCCUGAUUGUAUUUGUGUUUGUCUUUGUGCUUUGUUGUCACCUCCAUGUGUCUGUUUGGUUCUUUUUGAAAAGUGCCAUGUGCUGACUGUGUUCUGCUAGCCAAUUGGCUAAUUCGUUUUUCAUCAUGGCUGCUCAUUAUGAUUGGCACCUAUUCCUCAUUCCCCACUGAUCUCCUUCCCCUAUUUAUUCCCCUCUAUAUGCUCUCUUGUGCCAGAUUGUUUUUGUGUUAUUGCCAUUCGGUCCAGACUUUAUUUCUAGUCGUUUUUGGUCUCAGUUUGUCUGUUUAGCCUGCCUGGUUUUGACUCCUGCCUGCGAUCGGACUUUGACUCUCUGCCUCACCCUAGAACCUUUUCGGACUGUUUAUACCCUGGUUCUGACCUCUGCUUGUCUCACAGUUUUCUCUUUGCCUCAGCCCAUUUGGAUAUUUCUCUGCCCUGCCCUUUGGAUUGUUGCUGAUCGCCCUCUCUCUGCCGGGGCGAUAACUCCUCCGUUUGGAAUUACAGCUUGUUUUUGUUGUUGUUUUUCAAAUAAAGAACUGUC